GUGUAUGAUAGAGAAAGAGUAAGAGAGAGAGGCAAGCAGGGCCUCACCCCCCACCCCAGCUUUCCUGUCUCCUUCCUCCCUGUCCCUCAUUUCUUUCUCUCUUCCUGGACCACCCAUCUAUAACCGGACCCCCCUGGACCACCCUGGACUCUCUGCCCAAAGGCCUUUUGAUGCUCUGUCCCACCCUGAAGGUUGAACAGAAGAAAUCACCUUUUGAACCUCCCAUCUCAGACAGGAAGCCUCAGCCAUAAUCUCUGAAAGAAGAAUCCUCCUGGACAAAGAGAAUUCUGCCAAGAGCUCUGAAGUGUGACACUGGUGGGUCACAUGACCUGGAGGAGAAACCCCAAGAGACUCCUGGGAUACCUCUUCAAAUGGACCAGUCGCCAGUCUGGCAGGAAGUCCAAAGGCCGAUGAACUAAGAAGCUCAUUAAUGCCACACCCCUCGCCAGCCAACCUUUACGCCACGUGGUUCUGGCCAUCGGUUGGCUGCCAUCCCAUCGCGCUCAUCCUGACCCCUGGGACUUCCCGUCACGUGUCCAUCUCUAAAGCGUCACCUUCACUCCCAGCAUGGAACUCCUCAAGGUCCACUCGGAGGGCGGGCUCAACGUCACCCUCACCAUCCGGCUGCUGAUGCACGGCAAAGAGGUUGGAAGCAUUAUUGGAAAGAAGGGGGAGACGGUAAAAAAAAUGCGCGAGGAGAGCACGGCCCGCAUCAACAUCUCGGAGGGGAACUGCCCCGAGCGCAUUGUCACCAUCACAGGCCCCACGGAUGCCAUCUUCAAGGCCUUUGCCAUGAUCGCCUACAAGUUUGAAGAGGACAUCAUCAGCUCCAUGAGCAACAGCCCCGCCACCAGCAAGCCCCCCGUCACCCUACGCCUCGUGGUCCCGGCCAGCCAGUGCGGCUCCCUCAUCGGCAAAGGAGGCUCCAAGAUCAAGGAGAUGAGAGAGUCCACAGGGGCCCAGGUGCAGGUGGCAGGGGACAUGCUGCCCAACUCGACAGAGCGUGCAGUGACAAUCUCUGGCACUCCAGAAGCCAUCAUCCAGUGUGUCAAACAGAUAUGUGUGGUCUUGCUGGAGUCCCCACCGAAAGGUGCCACCAUUCCCUACCGCCCAAAGCCCGCCUCCACCCCCGUCAUUUUUUCAGGUGGCCAGGUAAGAGCCGAGCCGCUGGCGGCGUCCGCAGCCAACCUGAGCCUUUUACUGCAGCACCAGCCACUGCCUGCCUACACCAUUCAGGGACAGUACGCCAUUCCACACCCAGAUUUGACCAAGCUCCACCAGUUGGCUAUGCAGCAAACCCCUUUCACUCCCCUCGGACAGACCGCUCCCGCUUUCCCUGGUCUGGAUGCCAGUCCCACGGCCAGUACUCAUGAACUCACCAUUCCCAAUGAUCUAAUAGGCUGUAUCAUCGGGCGCCAGGGAACCAAAAUCAACGAGAUCCGACAGAUGUCUGGGGCACAGAUCAAAAUCGCUAACGCCAUGGAAGGGUCAUCGGAGCGCCAGAUCACCAUCACAGGAACCCCCGCCAACAUCAGCCUGGCCCAGUACCUCAUCAACGCAAGGUUCAGAGACGUGGCCGCCAUGUGGAACGACCCUUCCUCCCUGUCGACAUCCUGAAGGCCCCGUGCGGUCCCGGGUUCGGAAGCUCUCGGCAGCGGUCUCCCCGCUCACCUGAUGCCGUCCUCCUGCCUUCCCCCUUGGGCCCGAGAUCUCCGAAUCCCGUCUUUUCCCCCACGACCCACGUGGGAGCCCUUAAAUAACAGUCCCACCUCUGCUUAUCGCUGGAGAAAAAAGAGACACCUGCUUUAGUCCCAGUAGUGCUUUUCGUAACACAAUCUCAGCAUGUCAGACACAUUCCUUCCUUUUCUCUCCUGUCUGCUGGUAUCUCUUUGUAGGUUUCUCACUGAGGAAAAAAAACAGAGAAGCUGCCCGAAGUGUGAAAGUGUACAAAAACUGUGUGUUCCUGAAGGCUGUGCUGUCGGUGGGGAAACCGGAGUGGUGUGAUGUGAUGUGAUGUGAUGUGCUGUGAUGUGAUGUGAUGUGAUGUGAUGUGUGAGGUGUACAAGGUAGAGGCUUCGGUUUCAGGUGCUUGGUCUCCCUCCCAAACCUGUCCAUGUCCUGCAUCCCUCGCACUCACGUUGUCACUAGGAAACGCUUCCGCUAGAGCUGCGGUGGCACCACGAAGCGUCUCCAAGUAGCGGUGUGCGUGUGAGACACGUGACGCAGUGAAGUACCAACCUCAACGCCUACAGCUGUCAACCUGCAGAGCCUUCAGUGCCGCCAGAGGCGUUGAGCACCCCGUCUUUUCCUCUUUAUUUAAUUUAAUUUACAUUCUUACAAAUUUGCCCUCUUUCUCCAAUCCACUGUUCUGAAGCGGCAUCUAAACUCACCAAAAUCAGCAUCAUUGUACCCAGAAUUUUCCACUGCGUCACAUGACUCUCUUCAGCCCAUGGCAUUGCAACCGCUUUGUUCUUUUCUCUGUAUUUUGCUGUUUUACGUGAUUAUUCAUAUUCCGUCAUGUGUCAAUGUGAUAUUUAUACGUCCAAUGUUUCCGUUUCCGUCACGCAUCCACAAUGUCCCGGCGGUGCUCCAGGCGAUCGCUGCACAGAUCUCCUCUCUGUCCCCUUCCGUACACAGCAGCAAUUGGCAGCUCUGCACAAACAGAGAGCGAAGCUGGAAUUUGCAUGAGAGAUUUCCCGAUGACAUGUGACGGAGCGCCCGAGAUCCGCCGUGCGACAGAAAGAGUUGGGCCCGCUCCGAAAUGCGCGUGGCGUUUGCCGGGUCCCUGGGAGCGCGGAGGAGCGCGGUCACAGUGCGGCGUCCAGCCUCCGCCUGCGUCGCUGCUCCUCUCAGUUCCCUUCCAGUCAAUACUGGAGGCCACCUUUGCGAAGGGGCGUUUGCUGCCCGUUUACAGGCUCACGGAGAAAGGAUCAGGUCUUCAGCUCUGCCUGCUCUCUUGACAGCGAACACUAACAUGCCAGUCGUAAAAAUGGCCCUUUAUUCAGCCACAUGAGCCGUGUGUGAUGAGCACUUGUCUGUAUUUACACACACACACACACACACACACACACACACACACAGAGCAACGGUAGUGUUUGCUUGUUAAUGGCUUCACAUGCAUGUCGUGUGUUUGUAAGUGGACACCUUUCUGGGGACUGACAGUUUCCCCCCACGAUGAGAUUCCUGCCCUGGCGGGAGGGAGAAGUGUGAAGCGGAUGGGCUCAGAGCAAACCCCAUCCCCCGCCUCCCUCCUGGGGCUUCCCAUAUGCAACAGAUGGAGAGCUUCCGUUGCAACAUGAACAGAAAUGUUCUGCACCCAUAACAACAUAAAGACAAGUUGAGAUGCGGGGAACCGCAAUUUCUGUGACAGCAGGUUCCGGUCGUGAACCUAAAUAGCUACUAUGCCGUGCGCUCUUCCCCAUUCUCGUUCCGUAGCGUUGUCAGCCGCGCCGUCUCAUCAUGACCACCUGGUUUUUAAAGCAUUCUGUCACGGCCCUUUGUGGUUCUUCUGGCCCUAACCCGCCCUCGGUCCCUUUUCGCGUCUGUGCCGAAAGCUGGGUUUGACUCCCGGUUCCGGUGGCUCCGGAGCCUUCGUUCGGCUCCAGUUCAUUUGAGUGCGCGGAGAGCGGGAGGGGGGUCCACGGGGGGCCAAACGCACACGUGACUCACCCCAGCGUGACACCUGCUGCGGCCCCCGCUGGUCCUGUGAGACGGUUUGGGGUUUCACCUGCUCUUCUCACCUCUGACCUCCUUCCUAACCCUACACCGCGAGUCUUCCCUCACAAAGGUCGUGUGGCUGUUGACACGCGAACUGAUCUCUCUGAGAGCUCAAGCUGAAUGUAAUUCUUUCAACACGACGCAUUAAUUCAUCCCUUCUCAGCAGAAAAAGGUUUAACUGGUCCCCUUUGCAAGUGGUGUAACUGUACUUUACUGUACUUUACCACGCUCACGACUCGAGAGUCUUUUCGGUGGUGCCGAGUUCAGUCAUGUCGCAGUGUCCUUGACGGUGUGUGCUGUACUCUACUGUACUGUGUUUCACUGUACUGCACUGCACUGACAUGGGGGGGAGACACUGAGACAUAAACUACAUUGAAACCUGUCUUACCUGGACAGUUAAUUCUAGGACUUCUCGAGAACUUUUCCGAAAUCUGCAGGAAUUUCUUGCUUUUCAUGUUUUUGCACUUAAAACAGAUGCGUGUUUUACCUUCAAAAUGCAUAAAUGUACAUUUUCUUGUUCAGGAACAGCAGGAUUUGUUGAACUUGCCUGUUAAGUUGUGACUUUUGUUCAGUAGAAAGUGAAGAUCUCUGUGCAUCAUUUUAAUUUCUGCAAUAUGAUGUUUCUUUCGGUUUUAUAAUAUGUUAUUUGCAACAGACAAAAAUGUGGGAACAAAAUCGCUGUGUUUUGAAUGACCUUGUGCUUCCUGGUCCGUUGUCCUUCCAAGCCAAAGCAAGUUGUGUGACGCUAUUGCAUCAUGCUGAAGUGUAUGAACAGUUAUUGUAGGUUCUUUUAUUGUUACCAGUGCAGUAUUAUUAUUUAUUCUGAGAAGUAGCAUUUAGUCUUGUGUGAUUUGUUCUUUGACUUAACGGAUUCUUUCAAAGCGUUCUCGUUAUGCUCGUGGUGCGGUGGACACCCAUCUCCAUGGGAGGGAUGAUGUGCUGUUGCUACAAAGGAGUGGAAAGUUCUCGCAAGUGAUGUCUUACACCGAAAGGGCACCGAGUCUCAGGACAAACUGCACACAGGGGGCAUCGACCCCAUGCCCAGUGCUUUCCGACAGCUGCUCUUCAGCUCACUUCUGCACCUACGGUCGCCAUGGUGACACCGGUGACAACUUCACGCUUGUGAGCUGACAUGUGCACAAGAAAAUUGCGUGAUGCACAACAAAAUGCAGGUUCGGUACGGAGAAUUUCCACUUUAAUGCCCCAGGACAGCGGCGACAGUCAGAUGGUCACAUUCCGCCAUCACUGCAGCUCUUUCUCUUCUUGCUUUUUUGUGUCUUGAGGUUUCUAAAAAGACGAGUCAGAGACAAAAGGAAUGAGGAGCUCUUUGUGUGCGCGUGCGUGCGUGCGUGUGUCAGUUCUGCUGUUUGCAACUGUACUCUCUGGUUUCUCUUCUCAGUGAACUGGUUUGCUGCUUGCAGAUCUGUAGUACAUUUAAGGUUGUUGACAGUAGGUUUACUUCAAAAUGUUUUGUAAAAAGGAGAAAUAAAGUUUCUUUUUUCC